CCGGGGGGGCGUUCGCCUGCCGCUGCCGAGGACUUGCACGAGCAGGCGUUUGACUGUGAGGAGGACGUGCUGUGAAGCAGUUGAUGCGGUUUGCAUUUAACCGGUCAGAGGUGCAAGAGGACCCUGUGCAGGCGCUGGAUGCUUUAUCUAGAUGCGCAAAGUGGGCAGAGGGCUUCCUCUUGGUCUACUCCAUCACAGACUACAGUAGCUAUGAGUCGAUUCGACCUCUCUAUCAACACAUCCGCAAGGUCCAUCCAGACGCCAGGACUCCCGUCAUAAUUGUGGGAAACAAAGCAGACCUUCUCCAUGCCAGGCAAGUACAGACAAAAGACGGACUACAGCUGGCGAAUGAACUGGGCAGCCUGUUUUUAGAAAUUUCCACGAGUGAGAACUCCCACGGUGUCUGCGAUGUUUUCCAGUAUCUUUGCAAGGAGGUCAGCAAACUACACCACAGCAGCAGCACAGACAAGAGACGGUCAUCCAUCAUCCCUCGGCCCAAAUCUCCCAACAUGCAAGAUCUAAAAAGACGUUUCAAACAGGCUUUAUCUUCCAAAGUCAAAUAAACCCCACUGAUGAGAUCCUGUGUGACUCAAUAGACUUUUUAUUUUUGUAAACCAGUUAAUGAAAAUCUUUAUUUUUGUACUAAUGCCAGCGAUGUGAAAGUAAGUAUGUUGAAGUUUGCAAUUUUUUGCCAUUUGCUUUAGUUUGAUUUUUAUUUUUAUUUUUUUACACAAAAUAAAAAGAAUGCUGCAUAGCAACCAAGUAAAAAUCUCUGGUGGUUAGAGAAGGGGAAUUUGCUAUGAGACUUUGACUCUGUUUCUGUUUUGGUCUGGGAUUUGCUGUUUUAGUUUGUUCAAACUACUUUUGUUCUUGGGCCUGUUUCCUACUUGUAAAAUUGGGAUGAUGAUGUAAUACUCACCUGCCUUUAUAAAAUACUUGGAAAGCCUUGCAUGGAAAGCUUUAUAUGGAGGAAAAAAAGCAUCAUUAAACAUGAAAAAAUGAA